AGAGAGGAAAGUGACAGAAGCUGUGCAGAGGGAGACGCAGAGAGCGCGGAGCGCCCGGCCGUCACCCAGUCUCGGGGGAGCGCUCUGCUCCCCCGCCCCCGGCUCCCACCCUGUCGGGGGGGGCGCCUCACGCCCGCACCCCUGCUCCCGGGCUCCCCAUGGAAGCCAGCUGUGUCCCCGGAGGAGCAGGAGGAGGAGUCGGCUAGAUGCCCGCUGUGUGCCCGGGUGCCCUGAGCCCAGCCCGCUCUGCGCUGCUGUCCUAAGGGCCGCGCGCCCCUCGCGCCCCGCACCCGGGGCCGCGCCGCCUGCGACCGGGGCUGCGCCCGGGACCUGCCUCCCCCAGUCUGCCAGCGCUCAGGCAGGAGCUCGGGGCAGGGCGCGCCGCCGCCCUGGAGUGAGGGAGCCCAGCAGAAGGGGGUCUCCCGAGCCCGCCGCGAUGGACGCCGUCCUGGAGCCCUUCCCAGCCGACAGGCUGUUCCCCGGAUCCAGCUUCCUGGACUUGGGGGAUCUGAAUGAGUCGGAUUUCCUCAACAACGCGCACUUCCCUGAGCACCUGGACCACUUCACAGAGAACAUGGAGGACUUCUCCAACGACCUAUUCAGCAGUUUCUUCGAUGACCCCGUGCUGGAUGAGAAGAGCCCUCUCCUGGACAUGGAACUGGACUCCCCCACACCAGGCAUCCAGGCGGAGCACAGCUACUCUCUGAGUGGGGACUCGGCGCCUCAGAGCCCCCUGGUGCCCAUCAAAAUGGAGGAGACCGCCCAAGAUGUAGAACAAGGAGCAUGGGUGCUGGGACACAAACUGUGCUCCGUCAUGGUGAAGCAGGAGCAGAUCCCGGAGCUGCCCGUGGACCCUCUGGCCGCCUCCUCAGCCAUGGCCGCUGCUGCCGCCAUGGCCACCCCGCUGCUGGGCCUCAGCCCCCUCUCCAGGCUGCCCAUUCCCCACCAGGCCCCAGGAGAAAUGACUCAACUGCCAGUGAUCAAAGCAGAGCCCCAGGAGGUGAACCAGUUCCUCAAAGUGACACCAGAGGACCUGGUGCAGAUGCCUCCGACGCCCCCCAGCAGCCACGGCAGCGACAGUGACGGCUCCCAGAGUCCCCGCUCUCUGCCCCCCUCCAGCCCUGUCCGGCCCAUGGCCCGCUCCUCCACGGCCAUCUCCACUUCCCCCCUCCUCACCGCCCCUCACAAAUUACAGGGGACGUCAGGGCCACUGCUCCUGACAGAGGAGGAGAAGCGUACCCUGAUUGCCGAGGGCUACCCCGUCCCCACAAAACUCCCCCUCACCAAAGCCGAGGAGAAGGCCUUGAAGAGGGUCCGGAGAAAAAUCAAGAACAAGAUCUCGGCCCAGGAGAGCCGUCGUAAGAAGAAGGAGUAUGUGGAGUGUCUAGAAAAGAAGGUGGAGACAUUUACAUCAGAGAACAACGAACUGUGGAAGAAGGUGGAGACCCUGGAGACCGCCAACAGGACCCUUCUCCAGCAGCUGCAAAAACUCCAGACUCUGGUCACCAACAAGAUCUCCAGACCUUACAAGAUGGCUGCCACCCAGACUGGGACCUGCCUCAUGGUGGCAGCCUUGUGCUUCGUGCUGGUGCUGGGCUCCCUUGUGCCCUGCCUCCCUGAGUUCUCCUCCAGCUCCCAGACUGUGAAGGAAGACCCCACAGCCACUGACAGCGUCUACACGGCCAGUCAGAUGCCCUCCCGCAGUCUCCUGUUCUAUGACGAGGGGGCAGGCUCCUGGGAGGAUGGCCGCAGCGCCCUGCUGCCUGUGGAGCCUCCGGAGGCCUGGGAAAUCAAGCCCGGAGGGCCAGCGGAGCAGCAGCCACAGGACCACCUGCAGCACGACCACCUGGACAGCACCCAUGAGACCACCAAGUACCUGAGCGAGGCCUGGCCAAAAGACAUCGGGGAAAACGGCACCGGCCCCGACUUCUCCCAUCUCAAGGAGUGGUUCCAUGAAAGGGAUCUGGGCCCCAACACCACCAUCAAACUCUCCUAGGCCGUUGCCAAGACCCAGGACACAGGACGAACCCUCGGCACCAAGAAGAGGAGUCGUCUUGCUCACUAACCCGGAUCCGGCUUGUACCCCUGCUCCCUGAGGUCCCAUCUCAGGAGAAAGGGUUCCACUUCUCCCCAGCCCUUCUUUACCCCAGAUCUUGGCUCCAUUCCUCCAACUCCACUCCCUCCCCCUAACAUUUGGGCUGACCACUCUGUCUCACCCCUCCCUCCACAACCAUCAACCUUCUCAAACAAACCACUCACUGGGCUACCCCAUCCUUUCUCACAACAACCAACAUGACCACUGCCUCCCUGGCCCCCCCAUACACACACAAACAGACACCUCAACAUGCACGCACACACACACCACACGCGCACACACACACACCACCCCACCCCCCACUGUACAGAGACCAAGAACAGAAAUUGUUUGUAAAUAAUGAACCUUAUUUUUUAUUAUUGCCAGUCCCCUAAGAUAUUGUAUUUUACAAGUCUCCCUCCUACCUUCACCACUCCCUUGUUUUGUAUUUUAUGAAGUUAGUGCGGGCUUCGCUGCUCCCUGGCCCAGGGGAGAGGGCUCUCCUCUUGCCCGGCCGCCCCCUGCUGCCGCCCAGCCGCUGGGCCUUUUUAAUUGCCAAACCGCUUCAUCCAUCAGCUCAGCACAUGCUUUGAGAAGGCAAAAGUAAAAAAAAAAAAAAGAUGCAGCAUCAAA